CCUCUGCGCGUGCGCAAUAGGAGGAUGGUUUCUCCCCGUUCCUCGCUGCCUUGCUGCUCUCGGCGCAUGCGCGCGGGGCGGCCCACGGCCCAGGCGGCAGAGGCAAGAUGGCGGCGGUGGUACAGAACGUCGUGAAGCUCCUGGGAGAGCAGUACUACAAGGAUGCGAUGGAGCAGUGCCACAACUACAAUGCUAGGCUGUGUGCAGAGAGGAGUGUCCGACUCCCCUUCCUGGACUCGCAGACAGGGGUGGCGCAGAGUAACUGCUACAUCUGGAUGGAGAAGCGUCAUCGAGGCCCAGGCUUAGCUGCUGGCCAGCUGUACUCAUACCCGGCACGUCGCUGGCGGAAAAAGCGCCGCUCUCACCCUCCCGAGGACCCCAGGCUCUCCUUCCCUUCCAUCAAACCAGACACAGAUCAGACCUUAAAGAAAGAAGGGCUUAUCUCUCAAGAUGGCAGCAGCCUGGAGGCUCUCCUGAGGACUGACCCCCUGGAGAAACGCACCCUGCCGGAUGCUCGCCUUGAUGACGACAGUCUCACUGAGUUCCCUGUUACCAACAGCCGUGCGCGGAAGCGGAUCCUUGAGCCGGACGACUUCCUGGAUGAUCUGGAUGACGAGGACUAUGAGGAGGAUACACCAAAGCGACGGGGCAAGGGCAAAGCUAAGGGCAAAGGCGUUGGGGGUGCUCGGAAAAAGCUGGAUGCCGCCAUCUUGGAAGACCGAGAUAAGCCUUAUGCAUGUGACAUCUGCGGGAAGCGCUACAAGAACCGCCCGGGGCUGAGCUACCACUACGCUCACUCCCACCUGGCCGAGGAGGAGGGCGAGGACAAGGAAGACUCGCAGCCCCCAACUCCCGUCUCGCAGCGAUCUGAAGAGCAGAAAUCCAAGAAAGGCCCUGAUGGCUUGGCCCUGCCCAACAACUACUGUGACUUCUGCCUGGGCGACUCCAAGAUCAACAAGAAGACGGGGCAGCCCGAGGAGCUAGUGUCCUGCUCAGACUGUGGGCGUUCAGGGCACCCUUCCUGCCUGCAGUUCACACCAGUCAUGAUGGCAGCUGUGAAGACAUACCGCUGGCAGUGCAUCGAGUGCAAGUGCUGCAACAUCUGCGGGACCUCGGAGAAUGAUGACCAGCUGCUCUUCUGUGACGAUUGUGAUCGUGGCUAUCACAUGUACUGCCUCACCCCGCCCAUGUCGGAGCCGCCCGAGGGGAGUUGGAGCUGUCACCUGUGUCUGGAUUUGCUGAAGGAGAAAGCCUCGAUCUACCAGAACCAGAAUUCCUCUUGAUCUCGCCUCUCAGGCUGGCGACCUCUAGCUCUUCAAUCCUGGCAGGGCUCUGUGACUCCUUUGGUUUGGUUUAAACCUUUCUUGUGGGUUUUCUUCCUUUUUCCUUUUUUUAAUCUCUUUUCAGGGGGGGCACUAGUUCUUGUUAAGCUUCUCUCCUUCCCGAAGCAGCUUGGACGCCACCUGGCGCCGGAAAAUCGUUCCUGGCACUGUCUGCUUGUCCUUUUCCUCCUCUUGGCUGGGCCGGGAGCCCUUCCUGUAGCCGUCUCGAUGCUCCUGCUUCUCAUACAGCACCGUGCACGCCAGGAUUGCUCUCUUGAACCCCCCCCCGAUGGACGGACAAUCCGUCCCUGGUGUGCCGAAGAGACUUGGGCGCCUCCUUUCUGGUACCUCUGCCAGCUGGCACCUCGUGGGCCCGCUGAUCUCCCUUCAGAGUGUUUUCCAGGCUCCAUCAUCCACCCUUCCCGAGUCUCCGAGUGAAACCCACCUGUCUGGAUAAAGGGAAAUGACUUUUGCAUAGAUGUCACCACCUCCCACCCUUCCUGACCCUCCGCCUUCUGUUUGUCUGUGCACUUGUCUCCCCUCAAGAGAGGCUGAAAGCAGGGAACUGAUCGCUGCCCCCACUUCCCCCCUGCCAGUUGGGAAUGGCUUGUGGGCUGGACAGGACCAAGCGGUAUUCGACGCCAGAGACACCCGAUCCGGUCCUGGCCAGCCAGGGGGGAUCCUUGCUUGCUUCCCGAGCUGUGUACAAAGCCUUAGAAAUUCCCCAAUGUGUCAAACCAGAGUCUGAAACUCGGCGGUACCUCAGCUCUGUGGGGCGUCAGCCCCUUUCCCCACUCAGCUACGCUCGCCGGCUGGGAUCCCGCAGUGACACAGGGUUUUAAAAGGUGCCCAGAGGACUCCUUCAUCGCCAGGAGCUCCAUCAGCCAGGCCACAAUCCCAGCAUCUUUUCACUGAUGGGCGUGUGUGGUUCGAGGCCAGGAGCUUUUGUAGCAUUAGCAGACAGGCUGGCCUGGCUAUGGUCCCUUUUGUGGAGGGGGUCCUGCCCCCGGUCUUUUGCUGGCCAAGCAGAGACCCAGCUCUGCCCUGCUCCAAGCAACAGAGGGAGAAAAAACCUGGUGGAAAACCAGUGGAUUGUCCUCUCUGCUGCCGGCAGCUUCCACCCUCUUGGGAAGCAGGGGAUCUCGCUCCCCUUAUCUCCUCCCUUUCCCUCGCUUCGUUCCCCGCUUCCGAGGGAAUCUCUCUGAAUCACGUGACUCCAACCUGUCAGGGACCUUUGAAACCUCUCCUCUGCCCAUCGCUUCGCCUGGCCGGGGUUGGGGGGUUGUCGGGAGCCUGGGAGGAGCCGCCGCAUGCUGGGUAGAAGGCGAUAUGGUUCUGUUGGAAAUAAUGUGCCUGUUUUUUCUAAAUUGACUCCAGACCUACCUCUGAAAACCCCUCUUUACGUUCUUCCUCACUAGAAAUGCAUUAAAACUCCUUCCCCUUGCCAUAGGGCAGGGGUGUGGGGCUGGGGGGAGGGGGGAGGUCGGCUGUGGGGCUCUCACCUUUUGUUUGCUGCUUCCCCGGGGCCAGCUGGGAGUAGGAGAUGGCCUCUGCAGGGUGGCGGGAGGAGGCAGAGGCGGCAGCGUUGUUUGAACCGAUGGGCGGCUGGCCGGCCUGUGUUUGGGGUAGUGGGGAGGGGGCCAGGGCUGGCCAGUCCAGCUCUUUUCUGAGCAUUAGAUUGAGAUGGAACAAGACCCUAACAUACACAUGCGUGUGCAUGCACACACACAUACUCCCCACACACCCCUCCAUGGGGGUACAGAUGCCCUACCCUCUGUGUCUGGGGCACACGUGCGUGUGCACACGCAUGGACACGCGCGCACACAACCCAGGUGUCUGGGACAUGUGCAAACACACCCACACACACCUGUCUGGAACAUACCCAUGUGCACUCAGAACCCAGGUGUUUGGGACGCAGGACACGUGGAGAACCCAGGCAUUUGGGACACCUUCCUCUCCCCCAGGCAUCUGAGAGAUGCACACACACACGUGCCACCCAGGUGUCCAGGACACAGAACCCAGGCAUCCAGGACACAGAUGCAGGUACCCCCCCCAGCACCUGGGACACACGCACACACAUCCACACACACCCCUUGUAGUCUGGGACACAUGCAGAACCUAGGUACCUAGGAUGUGCACACAGACACGCACACAUGCAGAACCCAGGCAUCUGGGACCCCCCCCCCCACGCACACACACACACACACAUGCACACUUUCUUGCACAGCUCUGACACCUCUUGAUGUGCCCGGAAUUUCAAGCCCCCUUUUCCCCUCUUCUGUCAGCCUCGAGCCCUGUCCCAUCACCGCUCUGGUGGGGGUGUCCUCUCUGCGGGUGUCCCCCUUGGGCAAGGCCUGGUGGGUCUUGCUCACGACCGAGGCGCCCAGACCUCCUUGGCCUCCACCCCCCCAUCCAGAUCCUCCCCCUCUCCUUGCUUGACUAGGCAGCCACCGCAUCCCCUCCCUCUUAACUGCGGGGCCCCAUGCCAUCAUCUCAGGACCCCCCCGUGCUAACCUUCACACGCGUGUCUUAUCCCCGCCUGCCCCCCUUUAGAGAACACCAAAACAGCUCCUUCGACUAUGGAAAACCUCUUAUAUUGUCACUUUUGUGGGUGGGUGGGGGUUGGGUGGGCGGGGGGGCGGUUCUUUCGGUCUUGUGCGUUGUUCUCGUUCCAGUGGGAAUGCGAUUCUCAGGUCACACGUCGUCCCCAGAUAGAUAAUUAUUAGCUCAUCAGGCUUUGGGGAUGGGCCUUUUUGCUGUCCGCCAUUGUGAUGUGUUGUCGGGAUGGGAGAGGAUGGAUUCCAUUUAGGUUUUAUCUUUUUUUUUUUUCAGUUGCCGUUAAAACAUCCUCUGCCCUCUUUUUUUUCCUUCUUUUAUAUUUUUAUCCUUUCCUUUCCUCCGGCUGCUUCUUGCCAAUAAAAAAACACUAUCUCUUUAUUGCUUCCCUUUUGGAAGGCGAAGGACAAACAAAUUCGUAGCAGGAAGAAGCCACCUGCUGCUGAGUUGAAAAUUCGGGGUUUUUUUGUUUUGGUUUUUUUAAUUUCCUGUUUCCCCCUAGCUUCAGCCUAAUUUUUCCACUCCUCUUCCUCCUCCACAUGCUGUCUCUCACCCCCCUGCUCACCCAACAGGCGCUCGCAGCUGAUUGAGACAGCCCCCUGCUUCUAUUUAAGUUGGCAUUUCUUUGCCUUUUGCUCUUCCUUCCCUUCCUCCGUUGAAAUCGCAAAGAUUUUUCAAAAGGCUAAUUUUCGGGGUGGGGAGGGGGGGGGUUAAUGGACAGAGUAAUAAAGCAAUGGGAAUUUUGGGCCUACUCCGUAGAUUCCUUCAUAAUUUUUCGUUUUGUUUUUUAAUUGGGCGUCGCAUCAAUUUAGAGCCGAGGUGUGUCAUUUUUUUUUUAAAGGUACUGUAUUAAAAAUUAAAAAAAAGAAAAGAAAAAUUAGUAAACAUUUUUACACGGA